AUGCAGCCGUCGGGUGUGCUUGGUGUGAAGUCUGCGGUGCAAGUCUCACACUUCUUGAACCGCCUCCCCAUUGUCAAAAAAUUCAUCAAGGGUGGAGAGGCGGAGUCCUACGAGGGCAUUACGGUCGAGUACAUUCGAGGGAGGAAACCAGUCUUGACCGUUUACGAAGAUGGAGUGUCACGAGAAGAAGUUCAAUUGGCCGAUUACGAUAGUUUGGAAGCCCUUCAUGCCCUGUUUGCCGACAAGGGAUUCCAUAAAAAGGGAGAAGUACUAGCGGCAGAAAAAAGUGGAGAAAUCAACGUUGCUGUGGAGUCCAAAGUAGGAGAUGCAUUGAAAACAUCUUCCCAGGAAGUCAAGGAGAGGUUGGAAAAAAGCAGUAAAGAAAGUUCCGUGUCGUUGGGAAGUCAGGGAGAGGUCAUUCCCAUCAAAGCCAAUGAAGAUGGUGCACUGGAAUCGGCUCCAGUACAUACCGUUGGGUACUUGACGGGGGCCACCAUUGUUGGCGUGGUGAUUUAUCGGGUCGCUGCCAGCAAGAAAAAGGCUGCUCGUAAUGUGCAAUAA